AUGUCAUUACUCGCACAAUUCAGUCGCACAUUAUUCCAACAAGCACGACAACCUGCUGCUGUUUCACUCAUCACAACACCCACGGCAUCGACUCAAGCCACGCUUCAACUUGUACGUACCAUGAAGGUGCGUUCGUCGGUCAAGAAGCUUUGUGAUGGAUGCACCACUGUUCGACGACGUGGAAAACUUUUUGUUACCUGUAACAAGAACAAGAAGCACAAGCAACGUCAAGGUUAA